AGCUACAGUACUGCUGUGUCUUUCUGUUCCUCAGAGAUGUAGUCUGUAGUGUCGUCUGUCGGCAGACUCUGAGGUCUCACUAUGCUGCUUUAUCUGCUGCUGACCAUCUCACUAACAAACAUCAAUGGCCAGAUAGACCCAGCUCACUGUCGUUAUCCUCUCGGUAUGGAGGAUGGGAGGAUCAAAAACGAUGACAUCUCUGCCUCCAGCCAGUGGUAUGAAACCACAGGCCCUCAGUAUGCAAGGUUAAACCGUGAGGAGGGGGACGGCGCCUGGUGUCCUGCUGGUCAACUGCAGCCCUCAGACGUUCAGUAUCUUCAGCUUGACCUUCGUCAGCUCAUCUUCCUCACCGUGGUCGCUACGCAGGGUCGUUACGCGCGCAACUCCGGCAACGAGUUUGCGCGCAAAUACCGCCUGGAGUACAGUCGCGACGGACACCGCUGGAUCUCCUGGAGAAAUCGCUUUGGUAGUGAGACUAUAAUGGGCAAUAUAAACACCUACGACUCUGUGGUGAGAGACCUCCAUCCUCCCAUCAUCACUCGAUUCUUACGCUUGAUUCCCGUCACUGAUGCCAUACACACUGUGUGUAUGAGAGUAGAGCUGUUCGGAUGUGCCUGGCAGGAUGGCCUGACGGCGUACAGCUCUCCAGAGGGCCAGACCAUGAUGCCUCCUGGCUAUCCCAUUACACCUCUCAACGACUCCACGUACGACGGGGCCCUGGAACGCAGGAAGCUGUCUGGGGGUCUGGGUCAGCUGACGGAUGGUGUGAUCGGUCAGGAUGACUUUGUACAGAGAAGACUGGACCGCUUGUGGCCCGGAUAUGACUACGUGGGCUGGAGGAACGACAGCUUGGGCCCUGGAUAUGUGGAGAUGGAGUUCCAGUUUGACAGACAACGAAACUUCACCUCCAUGAAGGUCCACAGUAAUAACAUGUUCUCUCGGGGGGUGAAGAUCUUCGCGUCCGUGUCCUGUGUGUUUAAGCUGCACCUCAUUUCUGAGUGGGAAGCAGAACCGGUGGAGUUUCACACCGUUCUAGACGACAGGAACCCAAGCGCGCGUUACGUGACGGUCCCGCUGAAGCACAGAUCGGCUGCGGCAUUGCGAUGCCGCUUCUACUUUGCUGACACUUGGAUGAUGUUCAGCGAGAUCUCGUUUCAGUCUGCAACUAAUGUGCUUCCUACCCAGAAGCCCCCAUUGUUGACCCCUCCUUCUUACGAGGUUAACAGCAAACUACCACAAACUACACAAAAAACAGAGGACCAGACUACAGCAAAUCCACCCAAACCAGGCUCUCCUGAAGAGGGCAGUACAUCGAUUCUGAUUGGCUGUCUGGUGACUAUUAUUCUUCUACUAGUGGUGAUCAUCUUCCUGAUUCUGUGGUGCCAAUAUGUCUGCAAAGUCCUGGAGAAGGCUCCGAGGCGUAUUUUGGAGGAGGAGGUGACCGUGCGUUUGUCCUCUAGCAGCGACACAAUAAUUCUGCAGACUCCCCCGGUGCCCCCGCGCAUCUCCCUCGACCCGCCCUACGAGAGGAUCUUCCUGCUGGACCCCCAGUAUCAGGAUCCUGCUGCGCUCAGGAAACUUCCCGAGCUGUCGCGAAGCGCAGAAGCUUCUGCCUGUAGCGGAGGAUAUGCCGAACCUGACGUGACCCUGUGCACCCCUCACCAGUGUUUUCAGAGCAGCGUGCCGCACUACGCUGAAACCGACAUCAUCAGCCUGCAGGGCGUCACCGGCAGCAACAUGUACGCCGUUCCGGCCCUCACCGUAGAUUCCCUGACGCGGAAGGACAUCUCUGUGGCCGAGUUCCCACGAGAGAGGCUGCUGUUCAGAGAGAAGCUCGGAGAAGGCCAGUUUGGUGAGGUUCAUCUGUGCGAAGCCGAGGGGAUGCAGGAGUUCGCGAAGGACCCUCGCGGCCACAUCAGCGAUGAGCCGAUGCUCGUGGCGGUCAAGACCCUGAGAGAGGACGCGAACAAAAACGCGAGGAACGACUUCUUGAAAGAGAUCAGGAUCAUCUCACGGUUAAGAGACCCGAACAUCAUUCGCCUGUUGGCGGUGUGCGUUGAGAGCGAUCCGCUGUGCAUGAUCACGGAGUACAUGGAGAACGGAGACCUCAAUCAGUUCCUGUCCCGCCGUGAGAUGCAGGACGAUGGAGUUUCGGCUGGCGAAUCGGCUACCAUCAGCUACAGAGUACUGAUUCACAUGGCCUCCCAGAUUUCCUCGGGAAUGAAGUAUCUGUCCUCCCUGAAUUUUGUUCACCGCGAUCUCGCUACACGCAACUGUUUAGUGGGCACAAAUAACACCAUUAAGAUCGCUGACUUCGGCAUGAGCCGCAACCUGUACCGCGGAGAUUACUACCGCAUACAGGGAAGAGCAGUUCUCCCCAUCCGCUGGAUGUCCUGGGAAAGCAUCCUACUGGGCAAGUUCACUAUGGCCAGUGAUGUGUGGGCAUUCGGGGUGACCCUGUGGGAGAUUCUGACCCUGUGUAAAGAGCAACCGUACGCCCAGUUCACAGACGAACAGGUGAUCGAAAACACGGGAGAGUUCUUUAGAGACCAAAACAAACAGAUCUAG